UUUCACCAUCUGGUUUUCAUAGUCAAUGCAGGAUGUUGUCAAAGUGCAAUAAAGUAACAGUGCUUUACAAAUGAAAAAGAAUUGGUCUGGAGUCCGAACACUUUUUAUUGAGUUAAGACCAGCGUUUCGUCUUUUUGUGAGGUUUUCUCUCUUUUCUUUUCUUCUUUUUUUGUGCCUGUCUGAAGUAAAGAGGCAGUCCAGCCCAUGCACAGGACAACACUGGAGACAACAGGUCUGUCUCAUUGGUAGGGUGUGCAUCUUCACAUUUUCACAUGUGGGACUGCCACAACGAACAAAAUGAUCUGGAUCACUUUAUUUCUGAAUAUUCUUGCAUCAUCAGCUGUGAAUAUCAGCGGUAAUCAUCGCAAUGAACCUGUUAUAUCACCCGAGGAGUCUGAGUAUGUCUCUCUUCAAGGUCAAAAAGAAUAUUAUCACAGAGACGUGGACAAAGACAAGUGCACUAUGCCAUGUGAAAUGACUGCAAAAUUAAUGCGUGAUGAAAAACAUUCCUUGUGCAGUAACCUCCAGCAUACCAUGGUGUCAUAUACAAGAAACACUAGGAAGCUGAUCAGAGAUCUGAUUGAUGAACAGCAGAAGGCUUUGGAAUUUCUCUCAAGCCAGAUAAUAGAGCUUAUGGCCAAAGUUAACACGCUCAGUUCAGAUGUACAGAGAAGCAACAGUGACAUAUUUUCCGUGAAGCCCAUGGAGUCCCACGGGAAAGACUGUAGUGAUAUCAAAGAGACACUAGGUGCUGUGUCUCCAAAAAUCCCUAGUGGAAUUUAUAUAAUUCAGCCAGAAAACACAGAUGUUUCAUUUGAGGUGUUCUGUGAGAUGGAUUACAUGGAAGGUGGAUGGACAGUAAUACAGAGACGGACCGAUGGUCUCACCGACUUUAAACGAAUGUGGUCACAGUAUUUGGAUGGAUUUGGACACUUAGCAGGUGAACACUGGUUGGGUUUGAGGAAGAUCUUCAAUAUUGUGAGUCAGAGGAACACACGUUUCCAGCUGCACGUGUCCCUGGUCUCGCAAGAUGAUUCCACGGCCUAUGCUUCAUACGACAAUUUUUGGCUCGAAGAUGAAACUAAAUUCUUUGCAAUACACCUUGGCAGAUAUGCCGGAUGUGCAGGUGAUGCUUUUCGAGGGUAUGGGCAAGAGCAGAAUCAAGAUACGGCCCCCUUCAGUACCUCUGACGUUGACAACGACGGUUGUUCUCCAUUCUGCACGUUUGCUGAUAAAGCUGUUGAGAGCUGCAGUGAGAACCAGAACAACACUGGAUGGUGGUUUAACCAGUGUGGCAAGGCUAAUUUGAAUGGCUCACCACUGGACCAAGACCUGUCCACCCAGUCACAUAUCCACUGGGACACCUGGACCAAAAAUGGCACGCUUGUCAAAAUUAAAUCAGUGACUAUGAAGAUCAGGAGAGUUGAGAUGCCGAAUUUAAAAUAAAUCUGAGGAUUUUGAAGAUGAUGUAUUACAAUGGAACAAGGUCACUGAAGAACUGAAGCACUAAGAACGAAGCACUUCUGCCAUGUGAACUUUUCUAAAAAAAGAAAAGUGAAAGAAAAUAUGAUUAGGAAUAAACUUUUUGGCAUUGUGAUUUAGUCCACCAUGCCUUUUAAUCCUGGGUCACAGCCCAAAAUGUUCAUUGUUAUGAAUAAAUUGAAUUGUGUUAUUACUAAAAUGUUUUAUUUACAUGGAACACUGCUAGAUUAAACCAAAUAAUUCAGUCUGAAAGUUACUGUCAAACUACCAGCACUCAAAAGUCCCUUUUUUAUUGACGGUUGUACUCUGAUUAGACAGUAGAUUUUAUUCAAAACACUCAAAGCCUGUCUAAAGGGUAUGAUUUGUGUUCAUGAUACAGGUUUAAUGAUUUUUAUUAAAUGAGAAUCAAAACAACUGCA